GGGGUUAGAAUUGACAUAUCAAAAAAUUGUCAUGCUACGCCUACUAGAAGUACGUUAGGUACGAAAGUACAUGAGACCCGAAGUACUUGCGCCUAGGUUAACGGGCAUGCGCCCUUAAAUAUAUUUCCUUUUAUUGAUUUUAUAUUGUGGAAUUUCCCACUGGUCCUGGAUUUCUAAAAAUAAUACAGUAAUAAUUAACGUUACAUACAUACCACUAUGGUACAUGGGUGACUUGCUGUGGCUCCUACAACCCUCAAUCCCUUGUGCUAGUGUGUUGGUGUGCGUGAAAUACUAUAUUUUUUUAUGCUGAAUAUAUAGUAACGGUAUGUGUAAAGUGUUUCGAAUAACCAUAUUAAAGGAUAAUAGUGUAUUGUCGAUUUACUAUAAGUAUAACCCAGCCUCAAAUUCAGGUAGGCCCAGUAAAGAGGUGAUCUCCUAUAUGUAAAAGUUGAUGUCAGUUAUAUAUGAAAACCUUAUCAAACUAUAUACGUUCAAAUGUUUGAAGAAUUGAAUCAACGGCUGGGGUGGGGUUCAGCUGCUCCUUUGGAGAAAGGGCUUUUACUGAUAUCAAGUGAAGAUACAGAUGGAGGAUUUUUACUCCAUCACUUUCUUUCACUUUUUGUGAAGCACAAACUUCCAGUACUUCUUGUGACUCUAUCCCAAUCAUUUUCUCAUUAUGCGCAAGCUUGCAUGAAAAUUGGUGCAAAUCUGGAAAAAGCAAGAGCAAAUGGUCAUGUUUGUUGCAUCAACAUUAUGGAGGAACUUGUAUCUAACUACUUGGAAUUUAGACAGUUAGACGAAGAAGAAGAAGAAGAAGAAGAAAAAAAUAUCAAUUUAACAAAGACCUCUAACAUAAAUCAUAUCCAAGAGAUUUUUUCCAUUGUCAAUUCCAGAAUUGAAGGUUUAAGUGACACUAUGUGUACAAGUCUACUUGUGAUUGAUGAUAUAUGUACACUGUUUGGACUUGGUUUUUCGGUAUGUGAUAUUGAGCGGUUUGUGCACUACUUGACUAUUGUGUCGAAAACUAAGCGUAUGCUCCUUGUUAUACUAAUGCCAUGUUUUCGAGAAAGUAAAUAUUGCAGAUUGUCAAAAUUUCUGACAUAUUCAGCUCAAAUUAUUAUUAAAGUUAGUGCUUUACCAUCUGGUCAUAGCAAAGAUGUCCAUGGCUGUCUCCAGAUCCUCAGAAAAGACACCCCAGACUCUAUUUGGCAAUACAAAUUGCAUGACAAAAAUCUUCAUAUAUUCGCUAAAGGAACAUCCUCGGCAGUUUUGUAAAAAAAAUUAGAAAAUUGUAUAUAUUUAGAUCCGUAUUUGUCAAAGAAAGCUUGAAUUUUUCUAUAUGGAAUUAUUUGAGGUUACUAAGUAGUACAGGAUACUAAUCUGACUCAAAAAAAGGAUUAAUAGGUUAGCAUGUUCAGAUGAUAUGUCUGUUAACAUGAUUUAACAGCAAAGGAUCAAGAGGAUGCCUCUAUAAUAUUUUAUUUCCUUCGAUAAUAUAUAUAUUACAAUAAACUUACCGGUGAGUUAAACAAACCAACCCACAAUUAUAAGUUAUUAUUAUUGACAGUUGAAAUUCUAGCAUACAUUGAACAAUUGUUUUUCGAGUAUCGCAUUCAAGGAGGAACACAUAAUUUUCAUAUCACUCGUUUAAAUGGUCUCUUUCUUUAUUAUCUUACAAUGUUCAUUUUCUGGAGUGGGGUUUUGCUCGAUUAUUCGCGUCCCUUCCUCAUGGCAGAUUUCCAUUUAAAACAGGGUAAUUCGUCUUAUUAAUAAGAAAAAUACAUGAGAAUUAUUCACUUUG